AAACAUCUGUGGUUGAGGAGGAGGCGGCGGCUGUAGGCACGGCAGAGGGGAUCCGGGCAGGGAGGGGAGGGGAGGCCCUGAAGGGGCACCAGCAUCUCCGCAUCUGCCAAGACCUCGCGUUCCCCGGAGGCGGUGCCGUUCCCGGCGCGGUUAAGGCGGCUCGGCAGCGCCGGGAGGAGGCUGGCGGCGAGCAGAGUGCGCGCGCAGAGCGGGGAGCGGGCGGGCCCGCGCCUCGUUGGCAGCCGGCACCUCUCCCGUCGGGCGGGCGGGGCCUGGGUCCCGGUGCGGGCCCCGGCCCCGGUGCCGCCGGUUUCUCUAGCCCUGCCCGUGACUGGCAGCAGCGCCGGGGUGAGUCACGGCUUGGAAAUGGAGUGGGCGGGUGCGCGUGCAGGAGAAUGAAUGAUGUCAGGGCGGAGCGCGGCUCGCGCGGCCAGCAUGAGGCAGUAAACACGGCAGCGCAGAGCGAGCGGGGGCCCCCGCGCCCCCCGCCCCGGAGCGCCGCUGUUGAGAGAGACCUCUGCGGGGAGUGUCGCCGCCGCUGACGCCCUUAACGGCAGUCCCCUUCGCCAGGAAGAGGAGUCAGAGAGGAGCCAGCACAGGGCAGGGGAAGGUAGAGAUUGUGGCAAACUUUCUAGCUGCUUCUGCGUGCUGCUACCUCAGCGGUGGGAGUGUCUGGCCAUAAGGAACUGCAAAGCCCAAGCCCUGAGGCUCCAGAAACGAUUUUCAGCUGUCUUUAGAGGAGGAACUGCCAGCAGUGCAAGCUUUUGUGUGUACAGCUGAGAAGGUAAGUUGGGAACGGCACAGGUGGAUUAAACGGCACUGCGUACCACAGGUGCGCACCUAGAGAACCUGCUUCAGAGAAGACCUCUACGUGAGAACUGGGCAGAGGCUGGGAAGAGCAGUCCUACGUUUGCGUUCUCUUCCGUUUCUGAAAUGAUACAGCUCUAGAGGAAAAGACUGACCUUCAUGACUUGCUUGACAGGAUCUGAGUAGUGAAAGCACAAUAGACAACUUUUAGAGUUUAACAGAAAUAGAAAUUAAUCCAGGAACGAGAGCACUGGACUUGAAGAAAUAAAGACUUCAGAGCUCAGAAGUUGGUCACUGAUAAACCCUAUUUGGGAAUACAGCGUGGGAAUGAAUACUAUUGAGACAGCAAAACUUGAAGAGCAUAUGGAGAGUCAAAACAAUGACGCUUCUAACGGCUACUUACGACCUACUCUCUCAGUCACUGAAGAGAGCAAAAAUGGCACUAGCAAACCAAAGGGCUUGUCUAAUGGCUUGCGAAAAACAACAAAGAAAUAUUCUGAUUACAUCCAGGUUGCUAUGACUGCUGAGUCUAGGAAUAAAUGUCCUCUGGAAUGGUGGAAAACGGGCAUUGCCUUUGUCUAUGCUCUUUUCAACUUGAUUCUAACAAGUGUCAUGGUCACUGUGGUCCACGAGAGAGUACCUCCAAAGGAGUUAAGCCCUCCCUUGCCUGACAAAUUUUUCGAUUACAUUGAUCGUGUGCAGUGGGCUUUUUCUGUAUCAGAAAUAAAUGGAAUGAUACUACUUGGAUUAUGGAUAUUCCAGUGGUUGUUUCUUAGAUACAAAUCAAUAGUAGGACGCAGGUUCUUUUUUAUAAUGGGAACUUUGUAUCUGUACCGCUGUAUUACUAUGUAUGUUACCACCUUACCUGUGCCUGGAAUGCAUUUUCAGUGUGCGCCAAAGUUGAAUGGAGAUGCGCAGGCAAAGCUUCAGAGGAUCCUGCGACUGAUUUCUGGUGGUGGUCUAUCCAUAACUGGAUCUCACAUCCUGUGUGGAGACUUCCUGUUUAGUGGUCAUACUGUGAUAUUAACUCUGGUCUACCUGUUCAUCAAAGAGUAUUCACCACGUCAUUUCUGGUGGUAUCACUUAAUCUGCUGGCUAAUGAGUGCUGCUGGCAUAAUUUGUAUCCUUGUCGCUCAUGAACACUACACCGUAGAUGUCAUCAUUGCUUACUAUAUCACCACACGACUUUUCUGGUGGUACCACUCAAUGGCUAAUGAAAAGACUUUAAAGGUCUCUUCGCAGACAAAUUUUCUCUCUCGAGCCUGGUGGUAUCCAAUAUUCUAUUUCUUUGAGAAGAAUGUGCAAGGCUCUGUUCCUUGCAGCUUUUCUUGGCCAAUAUCUUGGCCUCCCAGCUGCUUCAAAUCUUCAUGCAAAAAGUAUUCACGGGUUCAGAAGACUGGAGAGGACAAUGAAAAAUCUACCUGAAGAAAAGGAAAGCAUCUGCUCUGUAUUUUUGUUUGCUUUCUUACCAAAACAUUAAUGCUGUAACCAAAGUUCUUAAGAAGACUACACUGUAACUGAAGAUGUGGACCAAGUUUCUGUGCAAUUGAUUGGAAAGACAAUUGUAGACACACAUAUUGCCAUUUCAUAUGUUCUCCUAUCAUCACUCUGUACAGGCCUGUUCUGCUCUUCAGUGCUAACAGAAUGCACCACUCUUGGGACUUCUAUUGUUAAAGAAAAAAUGGAGCAGGACUUUGCUUUACUAAUGAGAUAGAGGUGCCAAAGCCCCAUUAACACUUUUAUUACUAUCACUUAUCCACAGAAGCACCCAAAAAUCUCAUCUUCAGAGUCUGGAGUGCAUAAGGGCAAAAACCAUGUCAAAAUGUAAAGGCAUGGUAUCGGCAUAUUGAGGUAUAUGAAAAGAUAACACAGUUAUGGGAAGUGGUUUGUUGCAUUAUUCUUGCUAAUGAAGGUAAGGCCUUUGUGUGACUGGUACAGCUGGAAGCAAGUCUUGACUUUUUUUGCACUCUGGGUAUGACUGUCUUGUGACCCUGAAAUCUACUUAUCACCAUUAUCUCCCGUAUAUUCUACUAUAUACAGAUUUUUACAUUUUUAUGAGUAAUUUCAUAUCUAAAUUGUUGUGCUACCUGAUGACUUUGCAAAUUAGGAAUAGCUGCUAACAUCAGAGCUCAAGGAGCCAAAAGUUUCCUUUUUAAAAAAGGACACAGUUUCGAAGUUAAAUCUUAAAUUGCAGUUGGCCUUUUCUAUAUAGCUAUACAGUGCCUAUCAGUGUAUGUAUAUGCAUAUACACACAAAAGCACACACUGCUGUGUAGUUAAACACCUAUGAAACAAAACUGCUUACUGGAAAGAGCGAUCAUACAGUUCUUCAUUCAGGCAAAAGUCCUGUAGAUCUCACCUUGAGGAAUGCAAGGCCAGGUCCAAAAUGGGGCUAUAGUUAAAAUAAGCUUUUAAAUUUUAGUAGCUAUCUCUUGCUGAAAGUAUGUAGCAGGUUUGCUUGGGAGCCAUAGUUCUUUUUUUUACCUGUUGGCACAUGUUUCUCUAACUUACCUUAAGAAAAAAAAAACCCAAAGAAGUGCCAAGGUGAAUACCUACAACAGUAGCAUUUCUUCAAGUAUUACCUAAAACCAUUUCAUAUUAAAUGACACUGUGGUAGAACUCGCAUGCAGAUUCCCGGGGGGGGGGGCCCCCCCCCAGUCCAGUUAAAAUGGCUGUUUAAACAAGUUGGGUGAGAAUGUGGGAAACUACCAUAGCAUAAACAUGUAACAAAACCACAAAUUAACAGCUGCCUGCUUGUUGUUGGAUUUUGUUGGUUUGUAUUGUUGGCAAAACAAUGUAGAAAAUUAGAAUGCCACAUUUAACCCUUUAUGUUCUAUAUUAAUUUCUGCAGUUAUCUCAAUUUUAUUUUUAAAUUUUCAGUAAAACCUGAUAGCAAAUAUAAAAUUGUGUUAAGUGUUGAGGUGGUACUGAUAUAAAGGAAAUGCUGUUUAUUUUAAGAAUGUCUGGAACUGAGUGACAGGUGUGAAUGUGAAAACUUGUUUUUAAAAAGUCCAGUUAAAGUUAUAAAAUGCAAUACAGAGUAUUCAGAUACCUUUUUUUUUCCAGUUAAGGGGAUCAAUUGCUGUGAGUUGUACAUGAGAAUAUUAAUGUGCAUUUGAAAUAUUUUUGUGCAUUAUCAAAGUAAUACAAUAAACAAUGUUCCUUACAAUAA